AAUAUUCCUAAAUCCACAAUUUUAAUGCUGUAAAGCUGAUUACUUCCCUUAUGCUGUGUCAUUUUUCUGCAAAGAGAAAAUGUCGCGAGGGAGCAGUGCAGGCUUUGAUCGUUUUAUUACUAUCUUUUCUCCUGAAGGCAGACUUUAUCAAGUUGAGUAUGCUUUCAAGGCAAUCAACCAAGGUGGUUUGACAUCAGUUGCAGUGAGAGGGAAAGACAGUGCAGUGGUUGUUACACAGAAAAAAGUUCCUGACAAGCUGCUGGAUCCAGACACUGUGUCACAUUUGUAUCCUCUUACUGAAAGAAUUGGUUGUGUCAUGACAGGAAUGAUUGCUGACAGCAAGUCUCAAGUACAACGUGCUAGGUAUGAGGCUGCAAAGUGGAAGUACACAUAUGGCUAUGAUAUACCUGUGGACAUUUUGUGCAAACGCAUUGCCAACAUUAACCAGGUUUACACUCAGAAUGCUGAAAUGCGGCCUCUUGGAUGUUGUAUGAUUUUAAUCGGAUAUGAUGAGGAACUGGGACCUCAGGCGUUCAAGACAGAUCCUGCAGGAUACUACUGCGGUUUCAAAGCUACAUCAGCUGGUGCUAAGCAACUGGAAGCGAAUGGUUUUCUUGAGAAGAAGAUCAAGAAAAAGCAGGACUUUACUUAUAAUGAAGCAGCAGAGAUUGCCAUCACUUGCCUAUCCACUGUCCUUUCAGCUGACUUCAAAUCUUCAGAAAUAGAAGUUGGCGUGGUUACAAAGGAUAAUCCAAAAUUUAGGGUUUUGACUGAAGCAGAAAUAGAUACUCACCUUACAGCCAUUGCAGAGAAAGAUUGAGGAAUUUGACAUUUUUAUAAUGUUCAGUGUUUGCACAUUAUUCACCUGUCAUACACAUCAUUGUUUCUUUGGUGGAAAAUUGCGCACAGGCUGCUUCUGAUCCUGUAAUGUUUGCCCGUUUGGCUCACAGUCAGUGGACAUUCAUGAAGUGGUCACUGAUGAGCCUAGAGAUCGUAAUCUGAAUUUCUGUAUAAAUUCUUUCUCAAAAACAGGAAAGCAACUUUUAUGACAAGCACAGAAAACAGUUACACCAUACCUUGGUUGUCUCUUUUUUUUAUUUCAUGUCAUGAAAAUAUUUUACAUUCUACAUGCUGUUAUGUGCUGAUGUACUGAACACUAGCUGAAUAAAUAUGUUAAACAGUCA